AUGGUGAGUAAAGGGCUUCCAAGAGGCUUCUACAAAGACCCGAACUGCUGUCCUGGUGAAGAUGGAGAACAGCUGGGGCCAAAGAAUGCAGAGGCAUCGCCUUGUCAUUUGCUGAGGGUAAGAGUGAUCAGAGCAAGGAAUCUACGGCAAGCAGAUAUCUUAAGCCAAUCUGAUUGCUUCUUGACAUUAUGGCUGCCAACUGCUUCUUCUGUACGGUUCCGAACAAAGACUGUUCAAAAUUCCAAAGACCCAGUCUGGAAUGAAACAUUUCAUUUCAUGGUCCAGUGCAAAGUGAAAAACGUGCUGGAACUGGGUGUCUAUGAUGAAGAUAUCUACCAAGAUGAACAUCUUUUCACGGUGUGCUUUGAUGUAGCUGGACUCCCACUAAAUGAAAGUGUUCUCAUGAGCUUUAAUUCUGAUUCAAAGGAUCAAGAGGAGCUGCAGCUAGAAUUUGAGUUACAGAAUAGUUCAAGUGCUCCUGAAAUUCUCAUUACGAAUGGAGUUCUUCUGUCUCGGCAAGUUUGCUGUUUGGAAUUUGAGGUGGAGAAGAAAAAGGCACAAAAAUCAAAUGAAGGACUAUCCCUUAUGGUGAAAGGAUCUCAUGAAGGACACCAGGAGUUUAAUUUUGGCUCUAAUUUUUGUGUGAGACCCACAUGCCAGUCCACAUUCCACUUUGUCAAAUACAAGCAUCCAACACUAGAUGUUAAACUACCAAAGAAGGAUCUAGAUUACGCCUUUGGACGUUCUUCCUAUAAUAGAAAAGAAGGAUCUUUAAAAGUAGAAAUCAAUUCCAUUCCCAGAAGCAUGAAAAUUGUGCUAGCAGAGAAUAAUGGAUUUGCUUUGCAUGUGAAAACAGAAGACUGUCAGACUGGCCUAGAUGUGCGCUUGGGAUAUGACCUUUGUCCGCAGGAGAAAGACUUCCUGCACAAAAGGAAGAACGUUGUUGCUGAUGCUUUGAAAAAAGUUCUCAGACUAGAAAAGGAUCUGCGGGACCAUGAGGUUCCAGUAGUGGCAAUCAUGACAACAGGGGGCAGUACAAGAUCACUGACGGCAUUGUAUGGAAGCCUACGUGGUCUUCAGAAGUUAAAUCUCUUAGACUGUGCUACAUAUAUAACUGGUUUGUCUGGCACAACAUGGACCAUGGCAAAUUUGUACAAAGAUGCUUGUUGGUCAAAAAAGGAUCUGAAUGAGCAAAUCAGUGAGGUUAAAAAACACGUGACUAAAAGCAAGCUGGAGUGCUUUUCGAUGGAGCGUUUGAAAUAUUACAACAGGCAGCUGCAAGAGCGGAAACAAGAGGGACAAAAGACAUCUGGGAUCGAUCUAUGGGGAUUGAUUAUUGAAUAUUUGUUAAACGAUGGGAAAGACAACCAUAAACUCUCUGAACAACAGCAAGCAGUGAAUGAGGGUCAGAAUCCUUUGCCAAUUUAUACUGCAAUCAAUGUGAAAGAGAAAUACAGCACUAUGGAUUUCAAAGAAUGGAUGGAGUUUUCACCCUAUGAAGUGGGGAUACUAAAAUAUGGAGCUUUCGUUCGGACUGAAGAUUUUGGAAGCGAGUUCUUCAUGGGGCGACUGAUGAAGAGGCUUCCAGAGACUCGGAUCUGUUACCUGCAAGGCAUGUGGAGUAGUAUAUUUUCCCUGAAUCUGCUGUAUUUCUGGAAUACAUCUCACAGUUCAGAGGACUUCUGGCACAAGUGGACACAUAACCGAAUAGUUGAUAUUGAUGAAGAGCCUCAUCUGCCUACCAGACCGCAUGAACAAAAGACACAUCUGUACACACCUGCAGGACCUCUCUCCACUGCUUUUAGAGACGUGCUGACUGAUCGCCUGUCAGUUGCCCAGUACCACAACUUCAUGAGGGGUCUCCAGUUAGACAAUAGCUACCUGGAGAAUAACAAGUUCUGUAGAUGGAAAGAUACUGUACUAGAUUCUUCUUCGCCCAAUCAGCUGACCCAAACAGAAGAAUACUUAUCCCUAGUAGAUACUGGAUUCUUCAUCAAUAUUAGCUGUGCACCUCUGCUGAGACAAGAGAGGAAGGUGGAUGUUAUCAUACAUUUAAAUUAUAGUGCAGGAUCACAGUCAAUGCCCCUGAAGCAAUCAUGCAAAUACUUUGCAGAACAAGGAAUCCCAUUUCCCAAAGUUGUGCUGAAUGACGAUGACAAGCUUCUGAAGGAAUGCUAUUUAUUUGAAGAUGCGGAGAACACGGAAGCACCAAUAUUACUAUUCUUUCCACAAGUGAACGAUACCUUUCGCUAUUACAAAGCACCGGGUGUAAAACGCUCUGAGUCAGAAAUGAAAGAUGGAGAUAUUGAUAUUUCCAGUAACAGCACACCCUACUCUACAUACUCAUUGACAUUCAGUAAGGAAGAAUUCGAUCAGCUGGUGGAACUCAGUGAAUACAAUAUUCUGAAUAACCAACAUAAGAUUCUGCAGUGCUUGAAUAGAGCAGUGGAACGGAAAAAAGUACUUAUGCAAUAGUCUUCUUUACUGAGCACUUUUGUGGAUGAGAUAAGAUGUUGGA